UGUCUAGUUCAUUAGUCACUGCCUGUUCCCUGCAGGUGACAGCACUAGUGACCCUUUCAGCCUGCGCUAUUGGCCACCAAGGCAUUAUAGCGUUCUUAACUUUCAUCAUCGCGUGGCGGAAAUCGAAUACCGAACAACACACCCGGCUAAAGCCUCUAUCAUGGGGGACAGUGACGAUGAUUACGAUCGCCGGAGAAGAGACAAGUUUCGGGGAGAAAGGAGUGAGUAUCGUGCAGCUGGAGAGUCUGGAAGAAGAGAGGAAAGAGGAAACCCUCGUAGAGAAGAGUGGAAUGACAGAGGUCUGAUGGAACCCAGACGAGGAGAGUCCUGGAAUUCACAGAGAGGUUCACGUUCCCAACCACGUCAUGAAUACCGUGAAUCUUACCGUGGCCGUGAAAGGUACAGCCCUGCUGGUGGUUAUGAUGCACCCCAAGUACCCAAAAGAAUGAGGCCCGACUGGGAAGACAGACGUUAUGGGUUUGAUGGUGGCUAUGGGCCAAACAUAGGAUCUUCCUGGGGCCAAAAUGAAGCAGUCAUCAAUACCCCACCCAGUGCUGGAAAUUUCGGUGGUUCUUCGUCAAGAGGGGACGAAUUUCCAACCCAACCACCAAUGAUGUCUUUCAAGGCCUUCCUUGCUGCUCAUGAUGACUCGAUUUCCGAUGAAGAAGCUGUAAAAAAAUACGCUGAGUACAAACUAGAAUUUCGCCGUCAGCAGCUGAAUGAAUUUUUUACAAGCCACAAGGACGAAGAGUGGUUCAAGUUGAAAUAUCACCCAGAGGAAAACCAAAAAAGGAAAAACGAGCAUCAGGCCCAUAUAGAACUUCGUGUUAAAACUAUGUUGGAUCUAAUGGGAGAGGGUUAUUUAGACCAAGUGACAAUUGACGCCGAUCAGUCCGAGAAACUAGUUAAGCUGCUUGACACUGUGGUUAUUAAACUUGAAGGCGGUUCUGAAAUAGAUCUUCAGGUACUUGAGAACCCUCCUGUACAACCAGCAGCUGAAAAGCCGAAAAAGAAUCAAGAAAAAGUUGCUAGUGAGGGGGAAAAUAAAGAAACGGAAGAAAUGCAAGAAGGCGAAGAUGUGAAAGAUGAAGGUGCAUUGGAAGAUUCGAAAGCUGAAACUAACGAUGAUCCAAAAAAUGCCGUCAAUAAUAAAGGGGGUAAAAGGAAGAGAAGUGGUUUUGAUUCCGACAGUGGAAGCGAUUGGGAACGCGAAGGCAAAGGUCAAUCCGAUGUUUCUGAAGCGCCUCAGAGCCCUGAUGGUAAGUUGGAGGGUGGGGACGCUAGUCCAUCUCAUACAACCGAAGAAACAGAGGAAAACCAAGUAAAAGAAGUUGAGAAAACGAAGGCUGAUGAAGGCGAAGAGAAAACAGAAGAGAAAAAGGAAAAUGGUGCGUCUGGUCAACCUCGAGAGUUACACCGUACCGCUUCAAUAUUUCUUCGUAAUUUGGCACCGACCAUCACAAAACUGGAAGUCGAAGCGAUGUGCAAACGAUACCCAGGAUUUCUUCGUGCGGCUAUUGCCGACCCUCAGCCAGAGCGCCGGUGGUUUCGACGUGGAUGGGUGACGUUUGAACGUAACGUUAACAUCAAAGAAAUUUGCUGGAAUUUGAACAAUAUUCGGCUACGUGACACUGAAUUGGGGGCCAUAGUGAAUCGCGAUCUGAGUCGUCGCAUCCGUACUGUUAGUGGCAUAACGUCCCACAAACAGGUUGUUAGAAAUGACAUCCGCUUGGCAGCCAAAAUCAUCCAAAAUUUGGAUGCGCGUUUGGGCCUUUGGGUCGAUGAAAGUGAUAAAGCCAAAAAUGCAGCUGGGGCUGAAUCUACCCUUAGCUUCUCUGGAACGAGCCGCAAUCCUGUUCUUCAUAACAUUACCGACUUUUUGAUUGAAGAAGCUUCUGCUGAAGAAGAGGAACUUCUGGGUGCAUCAGCCAACGAAGAAGGCGAAGAGGCCGAUGCAGCUGCAGGCCUCACUCGGGACGAUGAGCUAAUUAAAGUCUUAGAUCGCUUACUCUUCUAUUUGCGCAUCGUUCACUCGGUCGACUAUUACAACCACUGUGAAUAUCCGAACGAAGAUGAGAUGCCAAACCGUUGUGGCAUAAUGCAUGCACGCGGAAUUCCACCAUCGUCCAAAGUCACUCAGAGUGAAAUCAAUGACUAUUGUAGGUCGUUUGAAAGUAAAAUUGCUUCAUUCCUGGAACCUAUAAAACGCCUAAGCGAUGAAGAAGCGAGCAAGCUGGGAUUAAAAGAAUCUAAAGCUGAAGUAGAGAAAUUCGUUGCCGCUAACACACAGGAACUAGCCAAAGACAAAUGGCUGUGUCCUCUCUCAGGAAAGAAGUUUAAGGGCCCUGAUUUCGUACGCAAACAUGUGUUCAACAAACAUGCCGAGAAGGUGGAUGAGGUACGGAAGGAUGUCGAAUACUUCAACAAUUACCUGCGUGACCCAAAAAGACCUCAGUUGCCUGAGCAUCCUGGAAAUCGAGCUGCGGGAAUUAGACCUUCUCCGAUAAAUGAAUCCCAAAGGGGUGACCAUUUCGGUCCACCCGGAGGUUUUGGGUAUGGUAAUUUUAAUUACGGUAGUGGGAGAGGAGGUUUCGGUGGAGGUGGCUUCGGAGGACCCAAUAAUUUCGGUAACGUUGGAGGAGGAGGAGGCAGAGAUUUCGGCUUUGCUGGUCGAAAUAAUCGAGGAGGAAGAGGCCGCGGUGGUGGUCCACGUCAUAUGUCACACUAUCGGGAUCUCGAUCGACCCAACGAUGAAGAAUUUUGAACCUACAUAUUUCGUAUGUCGACACUGCAUAGGUGUAUCGUUUAACUUGAUCCCUUGAUUUUAUCUGACCAACACCUCCCUUGCUGUCUUCACUUUUAGUUGGAAAGUUUGUGGAUUCAUGUUUGCAAUGAUGCACGUUCAUUUCUUUCAUUAUGUCAUUCAGUCGUCAGUUCUCGAAUGCGCUGGUUUUUUUCUUUGUAUUACAACAUGAACCGGAACU